AUGAUGCUCUCUUGCACUCUGCAUUUGUUGACCUCUUAUGCUGAUCUUUUCUCAAUCAGUCUGACUCUCUCACUGGCAUUGAAGAGUGAGAAGUCUUUCAUUGAAGCAAAGAAGAAGACAAUCCAUGUAAUCUUCUUUGUCUUGAGAUUCACCUCAUGA